CGCACUCUGGUCCGCCGCCUCUGCAGGGAGGUGCUGCCGGCACUGGCCGUCAUGGCAGGCGUGGACCGGGGCCUGCGCGUGGGCGGCGUCUGCCUGCACCGCUCCUCCGCGCGGCGGGCCGUGCUGCUCGGCAUGCUGAAGCAGGGCGUGUCGUCGGUCAGACUGCAGUGGGAGGACGGCGAGGCCACCGUCAGUGACGCGGCCGUCAGCAGCCUGCAGCCGUGCGAGCCGCCGCCGUUCGUCGUCUCCAGACUAGGCGCCCUGUCGGCUGGCGUCAUCCGCCAGCUGUCCCGGCUCUCCGGCAUCACCGACGAGGUGGACCUGAUGACUGCGGCGGCUGCUGCCGCGGGCUCUCGAGAGCGGCUGUGCUCGCGGCCGCACUGA